AUGCCGGUCAGGAAGCCGAGCAAAUAUGGCUCCAAUGUCCGGUUCGCCAAAGAUUCCUCUCGACAACCCCGGACCAAGACAGUCGAUGCCUCGUCGCUCCGCGCUACCGAAGGCACCUCUCAAGAUGAGAAAGUGCAGGCAACGCGGCUGGCCAACAGCAUCGACGAGGCUAUGGGAUUCCCGCGUUAUGAUUCCGGCAGGAAAAGAGUUGGAUGGCUCUACAACAUGCACAGCACCUCAGUCGAAGACCCGAAAGUACCCGGCGGUCGCGCAGGCGUUGACUUCUACUUCAUCGGAGAAGACGGCGAAAAUUUCAAAGCAACGCUAGAGUAUGAUCCUUACUUCUUGCUGGCGGUACGACGAGGUAGAGAAACUGAGGUGGAAGAAUGGUGCAAAAGAAUGUUUGAAGGGCUGGUGAAAACGGUAACACGAGUUGCAAAAGAAGAUUUACAGAUGCCCAAUCAUCUGCUCGGUUACAAACGGACGUUUCUAAAGCUCACGUUUGCCAAUGUCUCCGACCUUCUAUCUGUCCGCAGAGAAGUCAUGCCUAUUGCCGAGAAAAACAAAGAGAAGCUUGACGCCAUGGACACCUACGCAGAAGUCGCCAGUGCCAACGCUGGCUUCGACAUCUACGACGAAGAUCAAAGCGGCAAAGGGAGGUCGACCGGAAUCGCAGAAGCCAGUGAAUUCAUUGUCGACGUCAGAGAGUACGAUGUGCCAUAUCACGUCCGUAUCGCCAUUGAUAAGGACAUUCGCAUUGGAAAGUGGUACACCGUGGAGGCAAAACACGGCUCCAUAUCUCUAACGUGUCUGGAAGAACGCUUACAGAGAGCCGAUCCGGUUGUCCUCGCCUUCGACAUCGAAACGACGAAACUACCCCUCAAAUUUCCCGACUCGGUGAUUGAUCAGGUCAUGAUGAUAUCCUACAUGAUCGACGGACAAGGUGUCCUCAUUACCAACAGGGAGAUUGUGGCCGAGGACAUUGCCGAUUUUGACUACACUCCGAAGGCUGAAUAUGAGGGUCCUUUUAUCAUCUUUAACGAACCUAAUGAACGCGCUGUUCUUGAACGAUUCUUUUCCCACAUCAAAGAGGCAAGACCAAAUGUCAUUGCUACCUACAACGGAGAUUUCUUCGAUUGGCCUUUCGUUGAAGCAAGAGCUGGUAUUCUCGGGAUUGAUAUGUAUGCAGAGAUUGGGUUUCGCAAAAGUAGCGAAGACAUCUAUCAAAGCGACUAUUGCGUACACAUGGACUGCUUUGCAUGGGUGAACAGAGACAGUUACUUGCCUCAAGGCAGCAGAGGUUUGAAGGCGGUGACAGUUGCAAAACUAGGUUACGAUCCCGACGAGUUGGACCCCGAGCUCAUGACACCCUACGCAAGAAAACACCCACAGAUCCUGGCCGAAUAUUCAGUGUCCGAUGCGGUUGCGACAUACUAUCUGUACAUGAAAUAUGUGCAUCCUUUCAUCUUUUCGUUAUGUACGAUUAUCCCCCUCAAUCCCGAUGACACUUUGCGCAAGGGUACGGGCACCCUCUGUGAGAUGCUGUUGAUGGUCCAAGCAUACCAGAAGAACAUCGUGCUGCCGAACAAGCACACUGAUCCAAGAGAAGCGUUUUGGGAAGGACAUCUCCUAGAUUCAGAAACUUACGUCGGUGGACAUGUGGAGAGUAUCGAAGCAGGAGUAUUUCGUGCGGACAUUCCUGUGAACUUUGCGAUCGACACGACAGCCAUCGACGAGCUGUUGCGCGACCUCGACGCCGCCUUGAAGUUUUGCAUCACGGUGGAAGAGAAGAAGUCCCUGGACGACGUCACGAACUACGCUGAAGUCCGAGCUCAGAUCUGUGAAAAGCUGAACAGCUUGAAACAAACCCCGAACAGAAACGAGCGGCCCCUGAUUUACCAUUUGGAUGUUGCUUCUAUGUACCCAAAUAUCAUGACGACCAACCGGCUGCAGCCCGAUUCCAUGAAGGCGGAAUCUGAUUGUGCUGCUUGUGAUUUCAACCGGCCGGGCAAGACCUGCGACCGACGCCUGCCAUGGUCAUGGAGAGGAGAAUUCUUACCCACGAAAAGAGACGAGUACAACAUGAUACGAAGAGCCGUUGCCAACGAGACCUUUCCCGGAAAAGGCCCCAAAUCUCAAAAACGAACCUUUCAGCAAUUGAGCCUUGACGAGCAAGCUGCAGUGGUAAAAAGGAGGCUCCAAGAAUAUUCGAAGAAGAUCUAUCACAAGAUUCACGAUUCGAAAAUUAUUGAACGUGAGGCCAUUAUCUGCCAGCGAGAGAAUCCAUUUUACGUCGACACUGUGCGCAAUUUCCGAGACCGACGGUACGACUUCAAAGGGCAACAAAAGGUCUGGAAGGGCAAGACGGAAGCUCUGAAAUCGUCUGGUGCUACAGCGCAGGAGAUUGAAGAAGCGAAAAAGAUGAUCGUGCUCUACGACUCCCUUCAGCUGGCCCACAAGGUCAUUCUUAACUCUUUCUACGGUUAUGUCAUGCGCAAGGGAUCAAGAUGGUACUCAAUGGAGAUGGCAGGUGUUACCUGUCUCACUGGCGCCCACAUUAUUCAGAUGGCGCGGGAACUUGUCGAACGUAUCGGCAGACCACUGGAACUCGAUACCGACGGUAUUUGGUGCAUGCUUCCGGCGACGUUUCCUGAAAACGUUGUCUUCACACUGAAAAAUGGGAAGAAGAUGGCAAUCUCAUACCCUUGUGUGAUGCUCAACCAUCUCGUUCAUGGACGAUUUACCAACCACCAAUAUCAGACUCUUGUUGACCCUGUCACUUUCAAGUACGAGACGCACAGCGACAACUCCAUUUUUUUCGAGGUCGAUGGUCCCUACAAAGCAAUGAUUCUUCCGACUUCGAAAGAGGAAGACAAAAAUUUGAAAAAGCGAUAUGCUGUCUUCAACCACGAUGGCAGCCUGGCAGAGUUGAAGGGUUUCGAGGUGAAGCGAAGAGGUGAGCUGAAGCUUAUCAAAAUCUUCCAGACUCAAAUCUUCAAAUUCUUCUUGGAAGGGACAACAUUGGCGGAAACCUAUGGCGCUGUUGCUCGUGUCGCGAAUCGAUGGCUCGACGUACUGCAUCAACAAGGUUCAACUCUCGCCGAUGAGGAGUUGAUCGACCUUAUUUGCGAGAACAAGAGUAUGACCAAGACCCUUGAAGAAUACGGAGCGCAAAAGUCCACCUCCAUCACCACCGCUAAGAGACUGGCCGAGUUUCUCGGAGAUCAAAUGAUUAAAGACAAAGGAUUAAACUGCAAGUACAUCAUUUCCGCGAAGCCUAGAAACACACCGGUCACUGACCGAGCCAUCCCCGUGGCGAUCUUCUCUGCCGAUGACAGCGUUAAGCGAUAUUUCUUGCGGAAAUGGUUGAAGGAGGACCCGGCAGACAUGGACCCUAGAACUGUGAUUGAUUGGGAUUACUAUCUGGAACGUCUUGGUUCUGUGAUACAGAAGCUUAUCACUAUUCCCGCUGCCCUUCAAAAGAUCCGGAACCCCGUUCCCCGAGUUGCACACCCAGAUUGGCUGCAGAAGCGGAUCACGGCCAAGGACGACAAAUUCAAGCAGAAAAAGGUGACUGAUCUGUUCGAAAAGCAGCCUUUGGCGGAGCGCUCAGUGAAUCUACUCGACCACCGGCUCCCUGGUUCGGGAGACAUAGAGGAUGCUUUGGACCACGGAAGCAAGCCUCUGGUUCAGCUCUCCAAGCCAGCCAAGAGAAAAGCAGAUGACAAUGCGAAGCAGUCACUGGUCGAUCCUUUUGCAGCGCUGCCUUCUGAUCCUCCAGCGAACGACGAGGAUUAUAGCGGGUGGCUCCAGUAUCAGAAACAGAAAUGGAAGAUCCAGAAACAAGCCAGGGCACGACGUCGACAGCUUUUUGGAGAGCGGCCAAAUGUUGCCACAGACUCGAUCAGCAGCUUCUUCCGUAACCAAGCUGAACUGCUGUAUAUUAAUACCUGGCACAUCCUUCAACUACGCCAAGGUGAUUCACCUGGUGAAGUGAUAGCCUUCGUAUCGAUUGGCAAAAAGAUCCAUGCCUUGAAGAUCAAGGUGCCUAGGACCCUCUAUCUCAACCUGAAAGGGAACGAACUACCAAACGUUGAGGUGCCGGGAUGUGAAGUCGAAAAAGUCAACCAUGUCCUACCAAACGGUCACCCUUCGGUUCAUCUAUUUCAAUUGACCAUGCCAGAAGACAUCUACCUACGAGAAGCUGAGUCAGUUGCGUUGCUGUGCAAUCAUCCCAGUGUGGAAGGAGUCUAUGAGCGGCAGUUGCCCCUUUUCAUGCGUGCAUUGCUCAAACUGGGGAAUAUGUGCUCGUUCGACGCAAGCCAAAAGGGCGUACUCGGAAAAGGCCUGGAACAUGGCUUCGACCUUUCAGCAUUAUUGCGGUACGACGCGCCGGCUACGUACCUGGAGGAUCCAACCUCUUUCGCUUACAUCUACAUUUAUCACGUCUCGGCAGGAGAUAGAAAUGUUUUCGCUCUAUUCUCUACAGCCAGGUCCGAAGCUCACAUUAUCGUCCUCAGCCGCAGCCGUGAUUCUCAACUGCCGAAUGUCGACAAGAUAUAUACCGAGCAGUACCGACACAAGGCCGAGGAAGAUGUCCUGAUACAAGAUAUCUUUCAAUACCAGUCCAAUUUGAGCUUCAAAGUGUCUCAGGUCACAACGAAAAGAAAAGCAAACCUGGCAAUUGCAGAUGUGCUCCAGAAGUGGCGAUCUGACGAGUCCCAGCCCACGAUUCUCCUCCUUCAGACGAAUUCCCACAGGCAAUUGGUCCACGACAUCCGGAUUAUGAAGGAGUACCCGAUAUUAUGUCUGCCUACAGAUCAAGCUGAUACAGACCUUCCUUCACUGGGCUGGCAAGGAUUCGCAUUCAAACAGUUGAUCUCCCACUAUUUCAACGUAGGAGGCUGGUUGAGCCACCUGAUCGAGCUUGCCCGAUACGGUGAUGUGCCGCUAUGCAAUCUUGAGAAGGACGAUCCUCGGUUCCUUAUCGACCUCGCUUAUGCACGGAGGCUGAAAAGAAGCAAUGUUGUUCUGUGGUGGUCAGACCAACCAAGGCCAGACCAUGCUGGCUAUGAGCGCGAUGAUAUCCUCGGUCCACUGACUGAAGUGGUUGACAUGCCGUCGAUUAACAACCCAGGUGCCUACACUACUGUGUGUGUGGAUGUUGCCGUGCAGAAUCUUACCAUCAAUACGAUAUUGACAUCUUCCAUCAUCAAUGACUUGGAAGGUUCGGCCGAGUCGGUGGCAUUCAACCCUGCCGGCGACGAAGCCACGUCGGGCGAUGGCAACACGGUCAACUCGACAGGAGGCUUUGCUCAAGCAGCACUCGAUGUUCUUCGCGAGAUGGUCAAAUCAUGGUGGGCGGAGGCGUGUCGGGGGAACCGGCUGGCAGAUGUGAUGGUACAGCAGCUGGUACGAUGGGUAGAGGCUCCUGCAUCGUGUCUCUAUGACCGCCACCUCCAUUACUAUGUCCUCAUGAUGUCAAAGAAAGCGCUUCAACAACUCAUCACCGACUUCCGCCGCGUCGGGUCGCAAGUCGUGUUUGCCAGUUCGACACGAUUGCUUCUGCAAACCUCAAAACAAGAAGUUCAGAACGCAUAUGCGUACGCGCAGUACAUUUUGAAAUCGAUCCAACAAAAGCCGCUCUUCCACUUUCUGGGGCUUGAAGUCAGGGACUAUUGGGACGUGCUUCUCUGGUAUGACGCAUACAAUUACGGAGGCAAGGGCACAUCGACAAUUACCGAGUCAACCGGACUUGACAGCCUAGAAACGAUCGUCCACUGGCAGAUCUCACAGUUCCUUCCGGUCUCGUUGCAACCUGUUUUCGAAGAUUGGGUCAUCGCAUUCAUCGAGAUCAUGCAGAACCUGAAGAGGCCUUCAAACAGUGAUUCUUCCACUCCCCGACUCACGCAGGUUCCGUCCGCCUUCCUCAGUCUGACCGCGGACCCUGACAGUACCGAAGUCACCACAGUUCUACAAGACGACUUCUCAAAACCUCUGAAGAAACAAAUCACGGCCCUGAUCCGAAGGCAGCGAGAAGAGCUGCUUCAUCCGGAGCUUGCCAGUGACUGGUCCUUCCCUUCACUACCUGGAGGCACGCUGGAAUCAUUUGAUCCACGACACGCUCGAGACCCCGUGUUGGAACUAGUCAAGGCGCUAAUGCAAGUUGUUUCUUUGUCGAAACCCCUACAACUUGAAGCGCGGCUGCUUCGAAAGGAGCUACUGGCCCUAUUUGACGUGCGCGAGUUUGGCCGUGAAGCCCGAUUCGAGAAUCCCAGCGCAAGCCUUAGAUUCGAGGGCCUUGUUUGCGAUACUUGCACGAUGACGCGAGAUCUCGAUCUGUGUCGCGACGAAGAUGUUCUUCCGGAUCCACAGGCCACGGCCGAAGAGGCGGCCAAUAAGCCCUGGAGAUGUCCCAGCUGCCAGAGCGAAUAUAACAAGAUUGCCCUGGAGGAAAAGCUGAUUGCCCGCGUCCAGGCGGCGCUCUUGAGCUGGCAGAUGCAGGAUUUGAAGUGUAAAAAGUGCGGUAGUCUGCAGGGCGAUGACGCCCUCUUCCGUGAUCACUGUACCUGUGGAGGCGAGUGGACUAGCACCAUGGACAAGAGUGAAAUCCAUUCCAAACUCAGUGUCAUGGAUAGGGUUUCGUCGGCCUAUGGUUUGAGGUUGCUUUCGGGCGUGGUGGACGGCGUUAGGACCAUGUGCAUGACUUGA